AUGGAACCACAUCUCCAAGGAGAUGUUCCACAAGCAAUAGAACCAUAUCAGCAUGAAGAUGUUCCGAGAGCAGUGGGAGCACCUGAUCAGCUAAGACACCCUCCACAACAGUCUCUACAACCAAGACCUGAACACUGGCCAUCUUCAGAAUGGAAAGCCAAAGUAGAGUUACAGUCAGUGGGAGGACAGCCCCUCAACAUACAGCCAGCUGAUGUGGAAAAAGUCCAAAUACAGCUAAACAGCCUGUUCAUUGGAUCAGCUUCUGGAAGGCAUACAACACCUCCGAGGAGUUAUCCAAUGCCUCCAAGGAGUGAUUCAACACCUUCAGGAGUGAGUGGAGCAACACACACACAAAUGUGUCUACUCCCUGGAGUACCUGCACAAAUUCCUAAAAGAGCAGUCAUGCCUGCUGAAGUCCUAGGAGUAUGCAGAAGCAGUCGCCAGACCCGUCCUGCAGACAAAAACCAAGAUUAUCAAAGGACUCUAGAUGAGGAACAGUCUCGAAAAAAGCAGCAUGACAACUCCAUGGAGAAACCUAACACUCCUGAGGUUUAUGAAGAAACAUCUGAUACAGAGAAGACAUUCUUUGCUGGAAUAGCAAGUACCGGUCCAUCUAACACAGACCUUUCCAAGGACACUAAAGGAAGCCUUAUCAC